AGCUGCUAAAACCACCGUUUCCUCUUUCCUCCCCUUCCUCCUCCAAGAUAACAAACCUUCCCCCCGGGCGCUCUCUCCAGUGGGGUGGAGGCUUCGAGCCCGUUCUCCUCUCGUCAGCUCGCAUACGCUUCUGCGUGGAAAACAUGUCUAGAAGGGGCGAUGACGUAGCCUUGUGAGGAUUUAUCAGCUAAGCAGAAAAUGAGCUUAACAUCUUGGUUUUUGGUGAGCAGUGGAGGCACCCGUCAUAGGCUGCCACGAGAGAUGAUUUUUGUGGGAAGAGAUGACUGUGAGCUGAUGUUGCAGUCACGUAGUGUGGACAAGCAACAUGCUGUAGUCAACUAUGAUGCCUCUACUGAUGAACACUUGGUAAAGGAUUUAGGCAGUCUGAAUGGGACAUUUGUGAAUGAUGUUCGAAUUCCAGAACAGACAUACAUCACUCUAAAACUUGAUGAUAAAUUGAGAUUUGGAUAUGAUACUAAUCUUUUUACUGUAGUCAGAGGAGAGAUGAGAGUUCCUGAAGAAGCCCUUAAGCAUGAGAAGUUUACAAGUCAACUGCAGCUAUCCCAAAAAUCCUCGGAGGCAGAAGGAUCAAAGCUAACCAGUGCCAAAGCUACACAGCCAAAGGUACAAGACACCAUUGCUGAAGUGCACCACAAAGUUAUAGACACACUGAAAUCUGAAGAGAAAGUGACAGAUCUUUCUGCCAUGCCUCGGGGCACACCAUUAUAUGGGCAACCAUCAUGGUGGGGUGAAGAUGAAGCUGAAGAACAGAAUGGUUACAAACCUGAUAGUAAACCUGAGGAGAAAAUACAAGAAACUGGAGUUUUAGGAUGCAGCACAGAUGGCAAGCAAGCUGAGGAGCAAUCUGCAGCUGCAAGCGAAGAAGAAAAUUAUCCUUUCUGUAGGGAACCAAGUUAUUUUGAAAUCCCUACAAAGGAAUUCCAUCAACAUUCCCAAAUACCUGAGGGUACUAUUCAUGAGAUCCCAACAAAAGACACACACAUAGCAGGGGCAGGGCAUGCUUCAUUUACUAUUGAAUUUGAUGACAGCACCCCGGGAAAAGUAACCAUCAAAGAUCAUGUUACAAAAUUCACUCCAGAUCAGCGCCACAAAUCUAAGAAGCCUUCUCCUUCUGGUGCCCAGGAUCUUCCUGGGCUUCAAACUGUGAUGAUGGCCCCGGAGAGCAAAGUGGCAAACUGGUUAGCACAAAACAAUCCCCCAACAAUGAUCUGGGAAUCAACAGAGGAAGAUUCAAAAAGUAUUAAGAGUGAUGUUCCAGUCUACUUGAAGAGACUGAAAGGAAAUAAACAUGAUGAUGGGACACAGAGCGAUUCAGAAAAUGCCGGAGCACACAGGCAUUACAGUAGACGGGCAGCACUUGAAGAACAGUUAAGGCAUCAUUAUGCUGAGCAGAAAAAAUUGCACACAAAAUCCCAGGACACAGAGAAACAUUCAGACCAGCCAACUGUUAGUCAGACUGCUUUUAUGAUCGAGUUUUUUGAUGAAGGCCAUUCCCGGAAGAGGAGAUCUUAUUCCUUUUCUCAAAACGUGGGAGUUCUGCUCCCUGAAACAUCUUCUCCGGCUCCCCCUACAAGAACUGAAAAAGCGAGACCUGCAUCAGGCGACUCCAAAGGAAGUUUACCACCUUCACAGAAUAGCUCCGCCCAACAAAGAGCAGUACACGCAAAACUUCUGAAGCAAAAGUCAGAAGAGCCUUCUGCUGCACUGCCUUUCUUACAAACUGCAUUAUUGAGAAGUUCUGGAAGUCUUGGAAAUAGACCAAGUACAACUGAGGACAUGGAGAAAAAGAUUAAAAGCCCGGUCGUUUCGGUGGCCGUUGAAAAGGAGGAGGAUGACCAAAGUGAUAAAGGUACUUACACUAUUGAACUGGAAAACCCCAAUGCUGAGGAAGUAGAAGCUCGCAAGAUGAUUGAUAAGGUUUUUGGAGUGGAUGACAGCCAGGAUUAUAAUAGGCCUGUUAUCAACGAGAGCCAGAAAGAUUUAGUAAAAGAUUGGGCUAUAAAUUCUGCUACAGUAGUGCUGGAAGAAAAAAGACCACUGAGUACAACUGGAUUUCUUGACACAGAGGAAAGCACUGGUAUAUCUGGAAGCAAGCGCUGGGUGUCACAGUGGGCUAGUCUGGCUGCUAAUCAUACGAAACAUGAAGAAAGUGAAGUACGGAUGGAAUCAUUUGCUCCUGCUCCUCUAGAAAAUGAUACAGACAUCAGUGAAUCUGGCCUGUCAGCUAGAAGUGCUGCCUCUGCUGCCUCUUUGACCAGCCAAGGAGAUAGAAAGAGGCGAACACUUCCACAGCUGCCGAAGGAGGAAAAUGCCACAGAAGGACAAAGAACAAAGGUUACAACCCACCAGCGAUCGGAGAUAGGUGAAAAACAAGACACUGAACUUCAAGAGAAAGAAACUCCAACUCAUACCCAGAAAGAAAUAGGGCAAAUUAGUGACAGGAGUGUGACUAAAGCCAGCAGGGCAAUGAAUGGCCUGUCUCCUAAAGCAGACAAGGCACUGCUUCACUCCAACAGUUCCUUUUCUUCUGACAAAGAGAAAAGUGAAAAUGGCAGAGAAACAUCGGUGGUAAAACAAGCUUUGGCUAAAAUUAAGCAGCAGGAACAAAAGGAGGCAACACAUUGGACCCCCACUAAAUUAUCUUCUUCAAAAACACCAAACCAAGCUGAAAGAAGUAGAGACGAGCCGCCUGCUUCUCAUAAAGCAGACAAUAAAGAGAAAGCGUCAGGGCGUGGUUCUGGCAAAGCAGAAAGUAAAGUGGUGCAAAGUGAAGGGAAAAGAAGGAAAGCGGAAGAUGCAACAAGAUGUCCAACUCCAAAAGGGUUUAGUGGGGAUAAAAAAGAAUCAUCAAAGCCGUUGGUGAGACAAGGCAGCUUUACCAUAGAUAAACCAAGCACAAAUAUACCUAUAGAACUAAUCCCUCACAUCAAUAAACAGACAGGAGCUACUCCGCCAUCAUUGUCUUUAACAUCCACUAGUAGAAUAAGUGAGAAAAGUGAUUCCGUGGAAACAGACUCUAGUCUAGAUACAACACUUAUCUUAAAGGACACUGAAGCUGUAAUGGCUUUUCUUGAAGCGAAGCUGCGUGAAGAAAACAAAACCGACGAAGGACCUGAUACUCCCAGCUAUAAUAGAGAUAAUUCCAUUUCGCCUGAAUCAGAUGUGGAUACAGCUAGUACAAUUAGCCUUGUUACUGGAGACAGUGAAAGAAAGCAAUCUCAGAAACGAAAAAGCUUUAGUACCCUGUACAAAGACAGAUGCUCCACUGGUUCACCUUCAAAGGAUGCUUCAAAGUCAUCUUCUACAAGCGCUAGAGACAAAAUUGAGAAGAAAACAAAAAGCCGCUCUUCAGAUGCUGGUUCGAGAGGUGAUGCACGCAAGGUUGUGCAGAGCAGUGGAAGAAUAAGGCAGCCUUCUGUAGAUUUAACAGAUGACGACCAAACUUCUAGCGUACCUCAUUCUGCCAUUUCUGAUAUCUUAUCUUCUGACCAGGAAACAUGCUCUGGCAAAUCGCAUGGAAGGACAUCUUUUACCUCAGCAGAUGAACAUUUACAUUCCAAAACAGAAGGUAUCAAGUCAGCCAAGUUGAGGACCUCUCCAGCAUCAGCUGGGCAGUCCAGUAAAUCAACCACUCUCCCAAGGCCUCGCCCCACAAGGACUUCUCUCUUACGUCGAGCGCGACUUGGUGAAGUGUCAGAUAGCGAACUGGCGGAUGCGGAUAAAGCAUCCGUUGCUUCUGAGGUGUCUACUACAAGUUCUACUUCCAAACCCCCAUCUGGAAGGAGAAAUAUCUCAAGAAUUGACCUGCUCGCUCAGCCACGGAGAAAUAGACUUGGUUCUUUAUCAGCGCGUAGUGACUCUGAAGCAACAAUGUCUAGAAGCACGACAUCAUCUCGUACUCCAGAAGCCAUAAUUAGAAGUGGCAUUAGGAUAACACCACCAGCAGACAGCACUAAAGUUUCUCCUAGAAUGAGAGCAAACAGCAUAUCUCGCCUUUCGGACUCCAAAUCCAAAUCUCUGUCAUCAGCUCAUAAUUCUUCAGCAGAGGCAUACCGUCUUCUCCCAGACCCAGAUCCUGCUGUUGAAACUUACAGUGUAAAUUCAAGAUGGAGGCGCUUUCCUACUGAUUAUGCUUCCACCUCGGAAGAUGAAUUUGGAUCAAACCGUAACUCUCCUAAACAUGCCCGUCUACGUACUUCUCCAGCCCUGAAAACUACUCGAUUGCAGAGCACAGGGACACCAACGCAAAGUAGCAAUAUCUUCAAGCAUAGGAUAAAGGAACAGGAAGACUACAUUCGAGAUUGGACUGCCCAUCGAGAAGAAAUAGCAAGGAUCAGUCAGGACCUGGCUCUCAUCGCACGUGAAAUCAAUGAUGUAGCAGGAGAGAUAGAUUCAGUGACUUCAUCAGGCACUGCUCCUAGUACCACAGUAAGCACUGCUGCCACCACCCCUGGCUCUGCCAUAGACACUAGAGAAGAGGUAGGAGAUCUUCAUGGAGAAAUGCAUAAGCUAGUAGACCGUGUAUUUGAUGAAAGUCUGAACUUCAGGAAGAUUCCUCCAGUGGUAAAUGCAAAAACACCAGAUGGCAACACUCGACCUAAUGAUUCCAAACCACAGACAACAGACCUACCUGAGCCCCCCACAAUUACACGUCGUCGAACCUGGAGUAGGGAUGAAGUUAUGGGAGAUACCUUGCUGUUGUCCUCAGUCUUCCAGUUUUCCCGGAAGAUUAGACAGUCUAUAGAUAAAACAGCUGGCAAAAUAAGAGUCUUGUUUAAGGACAAAGACCGAAAUUGGGAAGACAUUGAAAAGAAGCUACGAGCUGAAAGUGAAAUCCCAAUUGUGAAAACAUCAAGCAUGGAAAUAUCAUCAAUAUUGCAAGAACUGAAGAGAGUUGAGAAGCAGCUACAAGUGAUAAAUUCAAUGAUUGAUCCUGAUGGGACAUUGGAAGCGAUGAGCAAUUUGGGAUUGGCGAGCGCUGUCCAAGCAGCUCAGCCUAAGCAGAAGUCCAGCUCUGUUUCUCAAGGUGCCCAUCCUCAGAUCCAGCCAAACUGCCAGCCAGAAGCAAGAGCUGUUCGAACCACCAUUGCCCCAGCCUCAACUGAACUUGGCAAUGUUGAAUCUGAGCAUGAUUUCAGCAUACAUUUCAAUCGGUUCAAUCCAGACGGAGAGGAGGAAGAUCCAACUUUGCGUGAAUGACAACAUGCUGUCAGAACUUUUAGUAUUGAAUGUGCAGAAUUCAAUGAAAGAGUCCUAGCAUCAUCGUUCAAAAAGUAACAAAAAGUUUGGUAAAAGGGCCAUUGCUUUGUUAUACCAACUACUUAGCUGUGAUGCUUUGGAUGUCGCACACCUCCUGACUCAUUAAGGUAAAAUUGGUAUUGACAUAGAACGCAGUUUGUGGUAAUUGUAUGGGCUUUGCAAGCACUUAUUUUGAACCUUUCCCUCCAUAGUUUACUUAGUUUCAGCAGACUGUUAAAAUGAUAUGCAAGCAGAUGAAAGUCCAGCAUUAUUAAAUUUCUGAGUCUCCUGUGCCAAGCUGAUUUGUGAUUAAACCUCUUCACUCAAAUUUGUAUGAAAUUAUUGAUCAUUUAAACUUGAUUCUGAGUAAGGGGAUCUAAAUUAGGAUAUCCUGCAUCUUAAUACCAUGACACGUUACAAUAUAAGGAGAGACCGGCUUGACAAUGCAUUCAUUGUUGCAUACUGAAGAUUUCAAACCAUUGUGAUUUAUAGAACUUCAUUGCUAUGUAAAUUGUCAUGAGGUUUACAUGAAUAUUAUGUUUGCACUAAGAAUUUGGUGGGAGUUGAAGGUGAACAUAUCAGUAUCAAUAGGGGCUAAUAACUUGGAUGUACAUAGAAAAGUGAUCAUAACUGUCCUUAUUUUAAAAAAGAUGACACCAUGACAAUGGCGCAAAUCCACCUCCCAAAAGUCUAGAUUUGGCCCUUGCUGAUCCUGUUCAAUAUGUCUUUUUGAUGUUGAUGAGAAUGAAAUGUCAUCAUUUUGGAACUAUGAAACCAGUUUAAAUGUAUAGCUUUGUAAGUCUAUUCCUUUAAAUCCUUUCUCAUGCUGUGUCACCAAGGUCAAAUAAAAAUGCAUUUAUAAGUGCUCCUUGAGAUGAUCAUGAGUUGUAAAAUUUUCUUCAAAAGAUUUGGAAAUAGAAUAGUGAUAAUCUGGUCAAUAGACUGACUCCAGACAUCCAAAUUGUUCAUGUUUUUUCCUGUAGACUCUCUAGUAAGUCUCUGUCUUAUAUGUUAUAAGAAUUUCUGGAAGAAAACUGCUAAUGUAGCCCUUUUGCUUAUAAUGCUUAACAGCAAAGCUAACAAAAUAUCUCAUAUAAGCCUAUUUAUCUUUAAAGUUGUCCCUGUAACUUAACUUUCGGAAAUAAUAACAAAAGUAAAUAACCCUAUAUUUCCAGAACACUGUAAUUUCAAGAUCUUCUGUUAAAUGCAACUGAGAACUGGAAGUUUCCUGUUUUUGCAUCAGUCUAUAUAUUAAGGUUACAAAUACAAUUUUGAAGCUUUUAUGAAAUAGUCUUUAAUAUUUCAGCAAUAAUCUUAUGUGUCACUUGUUUAAAACUACUUUUUUCCUGUACAAUUUUUAAACUGUACAGGAUUUUGGAAGUCAUUGCAAAGUUUGACCAACUAAAUAUACGAAAACAUUUUUUGUAGAGAUAUAAAAAUAAAAAACCCCAAAACCCUGUUGUAUAUUGGCUUUAGUUUUGUUUUUUUUUGCUUUAAAAUUGGAAACUGCCUCUUGUCAAACUCUGUGUCCCACUCACUAUUGACAGAGAUCAGGAAAACACUUGUUUACAGAUGCUGUCAAAAUUUAAACUGGUGUACAACAAAAUACAUUGAGAGCAGUUACAAGGUUUUGGCCAUCAUCAUUUCUCAUUUCAGUGCUUGGGAGAAGAACCACAAACACACCUAUGUGGGAAAAUAGGAAACAGAUAUGGAAAAAUUAAACAAUUACACUCUUCACACAAUUGUUUUUAUUUUUUCAGAGGUUUACACCUUUUGUGUUCUGUAAUAAAUGUUUGCAUUUAUAAUGUUCUUUGUAUGAAUGCAUACUCCUUAUUUAUUUUUUUGUUACAUUUAUUAUAUAUGUUACAAGCAUUUACAGCUCCAUUUUUAAAUAAAGUGUUUCUGGAACUUUAUACAAUAACUUGAUAUACAUGUGUGAUUAACUGUGUGAACCAGUAAAUGUUCAUGAUGUGCUUUGAAUCAAGUUCAAUAAUUAUGAAGGGAUAUUUUCCUAAAUGUACUGUGUGUUUUGUGUCUGAGAAUUAAUUUUGCUGAAUUUUGGACAAUGUUUGUGCAAAGGACAAUAAAACCACUUUAAUUCUACAA